AUGUCGGACUCUGACGAUUUGACAGAGUUCGCCAGCAUUGUGGAGCGGAUCGAGAGAGGAGAGGUCCCAAUCAAGAACAUUGAGAGGGAGCUGAUCUGCCCCAUCUGUAAGGAGCUCUUCACCCAUCCUCUGAUCCUGCCCUGCCAGCACAGCAUCUGCCACAAGUGUGUCAGGGAGCUGUUAAUGCUGAACCAUGAGGACUCAUUUGAUGCUGGUUCAGAGUGCUCCUUGCCUGGAAGCCCCCGGUCCAGGGUCCCCUCUCCUUCGAUGGAGAGGCUAGACAGGCUUGUCCGCUCAGGUGGGUCUAGGGGCUCAGUUUCAUCCCUUGGAUGGCGAAGAGGAUCUGUGACUCCUCGGAUCACCACCAUUGCAUGCCCGGGCUGUCAACAUGACAUCGACCUGGGCGAGCGUGGCAUCAGCAUGUUGUUCAGGAACUUCACCCUGGAGAGCAUCGUUGAGCGCUACCGGCAGGCAGCACGUGCUGCCAUCGCCAUCAUGUGCAAUAUCUGUAAGCCUCCACAGCAGCAGGAAGCAACUAAGAGCUGUAUGGACUGCAAGGCUAGCUACUGUAAUGAGUGUUUCAAACUGCACCAUCCCUGGGGCACACCCAAAGCCCAGCAUGAGUAUGUUGGCCCCACCACCAACUUCAGACCCAAGGUGCUCAUGUGUCCAGAGCAUGAGAUGGAAAAGGUCAACAUGUACUGUGAAGUCUGCAGGCGACCUGUCUGCCACCUCUGCAAACUUGGAGGAUCCCAUGCCAACCACAAAGUCACCUCAAUGAGUAGUGCCUACAAGAUCCUCAAGGAAAAGCUGGCCAAGAGUAUCCAUUACCUAAUCAGCAAAGAGGACCAGGUCAGGAUUCAGAUUACUGAGCUGGAUCUGCUGAUCAAUCAAACCGAGGAAAAUGGCCAACUAGCAGAACGUCAUGCCAAUGAGCAUUUCGAGCGUCUGUUUGAGACUCUGCAGGAGAGAAAAUCUGAGAUGCUGAGGUCCAUUGAACAGUCUCGCAACCGACGCCUAGACCACCUCAAAUCCCAGGUGGAGGAGUACCAGGGUAUGUUGGAGAACAGCGGCCUGGUGGGCUAUGCCCAAGAGGUGCUGAAAGAGACUGACCAGUCUUGUUUUGUCCAGACAGCAAAGCAGCUACAUGUCAGAAUCCAGAAAGCUACAGAGUCACUGAGAACCUUCCACCCUGCAGCUGACCCUUGUUUUGAUGAGUUUGUCCUGGACACAUCGAAGGAAGAGACUCUACUUAAAGAAAUGUGCUUUGGUGGAGUCCCAGACCCUCCUAUUAUAGACCUGUCCAGUAGCAGGGUCUACAAAGAAGCUGUCAUCUGCUGGAAGCUGUCUGAAAACCACCUACCAACAGAUCAUCAAAUCCUAGAGUACCGCAGAGUAGGGGGCAGCAGUAAGUCUCCAUCCCAGGAAGAUGGUGAGGGCAGCAGGUCCUGGAGGGCCGCAGAAAUGGUGUAUAGUCCCAGUGCUGUAGUCUGUGACCUGGAGCCCGACAGCAUGUACAAUUUCAGGGUCCGGAGCUGUCGUAACUCAAUGUAUAGCCCCUAUAGCCCAGAGGUCACCUUCCAUACACCACCUGCACCUGCCUUUGGUUUCCUCUUUAAUGACAAAUGUGGCUUCAGUACGGAACGCCUGGUGCUCAGCAAGCGGUGCGACAGUGUGGAGAGUGUGGCCGGCAUAGCCUUCCUUCUUGCUGCUGAGCGGGUGCAGACGGGCAGCUACAUUGGCCUGGACUACAUCAUUGGUGAUACAGGCAUCUCUCAGGGCAGACACUACUGGGCGUUCAGGGUUGAACCUCACUCCUACCUUGUCAAAGUUGGGGUGGCCUCAGACACCAAGCUGGUUGAAUGGUUCCAUAACCCGAGAGACACCAGCAGCCCUAGAUAUGACCAUGACAGUGGCCAUGACAGCGGCAGCGAGGACACUUUCUAUGAACUCUCGCAGCCCUUCACCCUCCUUACCCUGGGCAUGGGCAAACUCUUCAUCCCAAAGGCUUCCUCAUCCUCUUCUGUCUCUAUGGCGACCGCAUCCUCUGGUGACCCUGCCAACCGUGUGCUUCCCAUGCCACAACGUGUGGGUGUAUGUCUAGAUUAUGAUGCUGGCCGGGUGUAUUUUUAUGACGCUGACACCAUGAGGUGCCUUUAUGAGAGGCAGGUAGAUUGUUCAGGGACCAUGUAUCCAGCUUUUGGCCUCAUGGGCAGUGGAAAGAUUCAACUGGAAGAGUUUACUGUAGCCAAAAGACUGACCUUUUAG